AUGAGAAUAGCACGAUUUUUCGAUGACAACCCAGUUGUGUUACCGUCGAAGGCUAGCACGUUUAACGAUGCGAAAUGGGAAGACGCUACUGGCUUUCUGAACGCAUGGGAAUAUGGUCCAUGGGAGGCAGAACAUUGGACAAAUUGUACAACACAAAGAGUGAAAAAGGCUGCUGAAGGUAUUCUUGUCGAGAGUGAAAAAUUAAAUAACGAUAUUUCCAAAAAGCAAGCAAAAGAAAUUGCUGAUGAUUUAGUGCUCGUUGCUAACAGUGAUCUUAAGACAAUUUAA